CUGUGCUUAGCUCAGGAUUUCACCAAGGCUUUCAGGAUUGAUAAUACCAAUUGAUUAUGUACCUACAUUGGUCUAUAGCCAUUUAAUUAGUUAGUUAGUACGAAUGAACGCAAGGUCAUUAGGAUAUUUCUAAUUUGUGAUUUGUAUUCUUCAGCUAUGCAUUGUCUUCAAUAUCAUUAAAUAUUUGUCUUCUGACUAGGACUUCAAAAACAAUAACAAGCCCAUCUUCAAAAAUCGAUCAUCAGCCUAUCAAUAACAGAGGAGCCAGUAUUGUUGUUCACUGAAAUGACAAUUCUGUUAAGAACUCUUAUUUUUCUUUCUUUUUACUUUUUUUCUGAGCCAAAAGAAGAAGUCAUUACGACUGAGGACUACGACCAGUGUAUCGCUCUAUAAUCGGCAAAUUGUUUUUGUUUGUUACUUAAAUAGUCAAGACUGCGCCAAGUCAUAAUGAAGCCAAAGAAUGAAACAAAGCUACCGGCAUCCAAUUGUAUGAACAAGAGAUUCAAAUCGACGUUGAUGCGUUCUCCCGAGCCAAGUUUUGCCAUGUCCAAUGGGAUGAAAAAGAAGACUGUGUCCUUUUCACGAUUCAUCCGCGACGAUCGUGCUGCAGGGGGCCGCCCGACCAAUUGGGUAAAAAAGAAGACUGUUUCGAGGCGGCCACUCGGCCGCGCCCAUCUUUCCACAGGGGACCUGGCCCAUCAAUUGGCCAGCAUGUCCUUGAAUAAUCUGGUUGUGGCUUCCACCUCGAAUGAGCCGUUCUUUGCCAGCAACCAGAAGUACUAUUCCCAUCUGGCCCAGCCAGCUUCGGUGGGCCUCUCCCAAGCUCGUAACGCCACCCAGCCGUCAAUGCAACCGCGUCGUCGUAAUUCUAUCACCAACGAGUUUCUAGAUGAUCCACCUAAGCCAGCUUUCAACUGCCGCUCCUCGCUCGUCCGACGCAACUCAAUAAACCUCCCAAUUGAGGCCAAUUUUGCCAUGUCCGUGCUGAUGGGGAAUGAUGAUGAUGAUGAGGAGGAGGAGGAGGAGCCAGCUACAUCGACCUCGCAAGACGCAAUCCCGAAGCCGCCCAAGAAUUUCGGCUUUAUCUUCUAGAAAUGCAAGUACUAAUAAAUCUAGCUAGCUGAGCGCUACGACUUUAAUGA